UUUUUUUUAAUCCUUUUCCCUGUUCUAAUAAGUUAUUAUAUUCCAGAGUAAUUUAUUAUCGGUAUAAGAGUUAAUGCCCAAUCUCUCUCUCUUUCUCUCUCUCUCUCUCUCUUACCAAUUUCAACCAUUAAUGGUUCCGACCUGCACGCCCACCCACCGUUCUCCUCAGCUUCUCCACCAGAUCCUUCACUGUCUAAUGGCAGUACGACUUCCAGGGAACUAGCUCGAUAUUAAGUCCGGUGGGCCGAAGAUUCAAAGGAUCCAGGUCUUAGCCAUUUUCCAUGGCUCAAGAGAUCAGUGAAUGCUCUUGACUGAAGCGUUGAUUAGUCAACGGAAGGAGAUUUAGAUGUAAUCUACGGCAGCUAGGGAUGAUAGUAGUCUACUGAUUCUUUUGUUCUUGGCAUUUUGGGAAGGAAGAUGAAACAUUGAUAUAUUUAAGAGAGGGGAAAACUUAGGUUUUUCUAUAUCCAAGAAGAUAAUGGGAGCUGAGAAGGGUGGACCAAAGAGUAGAGGGUUCUUUCAUAUCUUUGAAUGGAACAGGAAAUCAAGGAAGAAACUCUUCUCCGUUUCACCUGAGGGCCCGAAGCAGGAGAAGAGAACUGAUGCUGAUUUAAAUGGAGCAAAACUUAUAUUGGUUGAUGAAGAUGAAGCAGUUGGAAUAUCAAGCAUGAAAGAGAGCAGUGACUACAGCUGCGCUUCUUCUGUAACAGAUGAACGAAAUGGGAUCAGGGAACCAGGAGUUGUGGCAAAACUCAUGGGCUUAGACUCGAUUCCUUCUUCAAUCUUUUCUGAACCCUUCUCCACUCCUUUACUCGAUAUAAGAUCUUCAAGCCACAAAAGAAGUCCGGAUUUUUUUAUUAAUGACCAAUUCAAUCAUGCUCGAAGUAGAGCAGCGGUCCAGAGCCGGAAACCAGUGGAAUUUCGUAGUCAGAAGUUGCCAAGCAGCCCAAUUGAAAGGUUUCAAAUUGAAACACUGCCGCCACGAUCAGCUAAAGCAGUUCCACAAAUCCACCACAAGCUUAUGUCACCUAUCAAGAACACAGGGUUCAUCUCCCCUCAAAAUGCAGCACAUAUAAUGGAAGCUGCAGCAAAGAUGCUUGAGCCAGCUCUUCCAGUCAAGACCAAGGCCAAGGCUUCUUCUUCAUAUGUGCCUUUGAAAAUCUGUGAUCCUAAGGACAGGAUAGCUCCUUCUCAAAGGACACCAAGGGUUCUUGAGUUGGGUCGAAGACCGGUUGAAUCCAGUGAUAUGAAGUUCUUAAAGGGACAAUCUCUAAAUAGAAGCUGGAAUGGUUCGGAAGAUAGGUCUUCUCAAGAUAUCAGUGAUACAAAUUCGUUGAAUGGAACGGGUAAAGGUAAAUCAGUUUCCCUCGCAAUUCAAGCAAAGGUGAAUGUUCAGAAGAGGGAAGGUCUGAGUAUGAACAGAAAGAAUACAUCUUCAAUUACAAAAGAUGUUGAUGAAGCUAAAUUAAAUCAGCCAUUCAAGAGCCAGCAAAGUAAGAUUAAGCAGCAUAAGAAGGCUUCAAUAUCUGGUGGAUCUAGUGUGUUAAGACAAAAUAACCAGAAGCAUAACUCUUUGUCAGGUAAAGGCAAGUUAAACCCAAAGCAGUCAGUUUCUAAACAGCAGGAAAGAAAAAUUCUAUAUGAAGAUGCUUCGUCAAGGAAGAAUGAUACCACAAGUUCCUUUUCAGGGCAUUCCAGGCUUGUCUAUAGGGAGGAUGCUUUAGAGACUUCUACUACAGAUCAUGAAAAUCUUUUAUCAAGCAAUAAGAACUUCCCUAGAAAGAAGAGAUUGACAGAAGGGGGUUUCAACUCUCAGAGAAACUCUUUUGUUGAUAACAAAGCCUCUAAACAAAGGCAUGUUCAGCCGGAUGUUGUGAUUGAUGAACAAUCAAGGUGGAACAAAGACAACAAAAAUGAUGGUGCUGAUGUCGUAUCCUUUACAUUCAACUCUCCAUUAGUGAAGUCAAGACCUGGUCCUCCAUCCUUCAUUCCAGCUGAGGAAAAUUGUGACAAGGUGAACAUAUGCGCCACUGAUGGUAAUAUUCUGAGAAAGGAUUUUACUGCAAAGAAGAAAUCAUCUUAUGGCCUUAAUCUGAUAACUGGCGAUGCUCUAAGUUUUCUGCUAGAACAGAAACUGAAAGAAUUAACAUCUGGUAAUGAGUCCUCUUAUUGCAAUUUUGUUGAAGCCGCUAGCUCCAAGUCUUCUAUACCUCUUAAACAAGAGAAGUUAAUUGAUAUUGAUUCUACAAGUGCUAAUACUGUUGGACAUGAGAAGCAAUUUAAGCCAAGGACUUUUUGUAGAGAUAAACAGUCUCCUACAUUUUCCAGUGGUACUUCUUCCACCAAUGGGAAGGUUUUUGGAUCGAGUUACAAUUUGCAGGGAUUGGAAGAAGCAGAAUGCAGCAGCAACAACAACGCUUGGAACGAAUCUGAUAGUUUGCAGCCAAGCCCGCUUUCCAUUCUGGAAGCCUCUUUAAGUGAAAGCUCCAACUCGUCACUUAGUAGUAUCAGCACCAAUGGAAGCAAGAUGUCCUUGCAUUCAGUCCAAGCACAGAAUACCAUCAGCUCAUCCACCCAAAACAAAAUACCAUCAUUAGAAGCCGAGUUGGAACAAUCAUAUUCAUCCUCAUCUUCACCAUCCUCAGUUGGAAGUUUAUUUACAUCAGAAAAUCAGUCAAACCACAGAAAAUCAAACAAUCCGGACUUGGAUUAUGUCAAAGAAAUACUAAACAACAGGAGAACAGGAGCUAUGGAUCCUCUGAAUCCUCUUCUCUUCAACAAGUUAGAGAAGAAGAGAUGCAAGGAUGGGAGGAUAAGAAGGAAAAUGAUCUUCGAUUGCGUUAAUGAAUGUUUGAAUAGUAAAUACGGCCUUUUUUUGAGAUCAGGAUACCAAGCCUGGGCUAAUGGGGAAGCUCUGAUGCCUAAAAACAUGGCAGAACAUGUUUACGAGGAAAUUUCAAGGUGGAAAGGCUUUGGUGAUUGCAUGGUCGACGAGUUAGUGGAUAGAGAUAUGAGCAGUGGCAGAGGGAGAUGGGUGGAUUUCGACACUGAAGCAUUUGAACUCGGAAUGGAAAUGGAGGAGGAGAUCAUUAGUUCCUUAGUAGAUGAAAUUUUCAUUGAUAUUUCUGUUCAGGUUUAAAUUUUUGUCUGCUUACAUUGGAUGGUUUGCCCCAAGCCGUGAUAAAGAAAGCCAACUUUGCCGUUGAAUAUUUGAAAAAUAGGCAUAUUUGAGUUUAUCACAGCAUGUGGGGCUGUUUUAUGAGUUGAUUAUUUGACUCUGAAGUCAAAGCUGUGUAGCCACUUCUCAGUGAUACAAUCCAUGUGAAAGUUCUAGAGAUGAACAACGCAACUGGUUUGUACCUUGAGAUUUAUAUAUUUUUUUAAUUUGGUAGAAUAUUUGAGUUUUGUAAGAUAACUGAAGUGUCAGAACUUAGUUGUCGUUUUUUUCGAUGGCUAUUUUUUUUUC